AUGAAUUCUACCUGGAGAGCCGUUCGAAAGAGAAAUGCACAGUUGCGUGUAUCGCUGACUUUCACUCGGGAAACACGUAGUGAUGACAUGGAAUCUAUUUUAAAACCUGACAUACCCUUGGCGAGUGUGACCUUUUUAAGGUAUUUUACCAUGACGUUACAAUGCCUUCGCCUGCUGGUUACAAAUUACACAUCUGUAUUAGAAAGUUACGAAGACCUAUCAGAAACCUACGAUUUGGACGAGGAGUUGGUACUACUGUCUCAGAAAUGUACUCAGCUUUCCAGAUUUAUACACCGUGGUCAUAUAAACGCCUAUACGGUACUAUCAGUUGCCAAAGCAAUGGGAAGGAAAUGCAAACGUUUCGAAGUUGACGGAAAACUCAUUUCAUUCGAAAAUUUGGGUGAAGACACCAUUUGCCCAUUCCGAGAAAGAGAAGCAAAAGAAAUGGUAGAUGUUGACGUGGAUAUACAUUCACUGAAAGAAAGAGUGGCUGAUUUGAUUGGAACGCGGCUAACAAUAUAG